AUGGGUCAUCUCAUCCCCGGCGAUGCCUACAUGCUCGUCGCACGUGUCCUCGUCGUCUUCGUGUGGAGCAUCACUCCAGCCUGCUGGGUCAUCCUCGUCUCUCGCCUCGUCUACCUCGCAGCGGCUCCUCGCUACCCGCCUCUGGCAACCCAGGCCGCCUUGCUCCAGUCACACCCGCUGCUCCAGCACCUCUGCCCAACACGGCACCCCUGGUUCUUCAACGGCCUCUUCGUCUACUGCGCAGUGGAAGCCGCUUUCUCCAUCUACCACGCCCGGCUGGCUCGCAAGAUCCAGGCUCCCGGUCCGCGCCCGCUCUACGGCAAGCGCUUCAUCCGCACCGUCUUUGCAAAGGCGCUCGAGAGCGGUCUCAAGCAGCCAAACGGCACCAACGACACCGCCCGCGCAUCUGGGAGGCUCGCUCCACCACGUCAAAACGGCUCGGCGACAGCCCUCGCGCGGCCCUCGGACGCUGAAGCCACUGCCGCGGCCGAAGACGUCCGUCGUCGCAUGGGCCGGCUGCGCACCGCCAGCUUUGUCCCCAACUUUGUCCAUCGUCCGCUCGAGCACGACGACCCGCGCGCCAUCCGGUUCCAGCAGGCGCAGUCAAAGUGGUUCUUCGGAGCGCACUUUGACCACAUCACACGCCGCGAUAUCCAGCAGUGGCUCGCCUGGUCCAUCUUCGGCACGACGCUCGAGGAGAUCGAAGACGAGCACCGGCGCGGCUCUGCGGGCUCCGGUUCCGACGACGACGGCUCGCCCAUCCCCUCGGCCGUUCCCUCGCCCAUGCCGCCUUCGAUCGCCACUUUUGGGGGGGCCGCACCGCUCUUUCUGGAAGAGGAGGACGUUCAGGGUGCCCGCGCGGCGCCCGGGGAGUGGGACCCGACCAAGGGCGACCGGCUGCAGUUCAUUGAAUACUGCCGAGAGUUGCUCGAGGUGAGGCAGGGCCGGCCAUACCCGCUGCGGUCGCCGCAGUGGGCCGAUCAUCACGACGAGGCCUCGUCGCCGCGCCUGCGGAUGAUGCGCCUCACCGUCGACCCGGUGCGCGUGUCCGGGCGGCCGCUGGCUUCUUAUGUCGUGACAAACACGCUGUCGCACCUCGUCAUCCGCAAGGCCAUCGGUGGCGGCUUCAAGCGCAAGAUCGAGGGUCGUCUGCCCUACCUCCUUCGCGUGCCCAAAGCAUGGGAUGCAAAGACGUCCAAGGCGCCGCCCCUCAUCUUUCUGCACGGUCUGGGCAUCGGGCUGGCGCAGUACGCGUCGCUCGUCGACUUCUUUCUCGCCUCGCCCGUGUUCCAGGACCGGCCGGUGCUGAUCCUGCUGCAGCCCAACAUUUCGCAGGCGAUCCACUCGUCGUCGUUCCUGUCGCCCUUUGGACACCACGAGACGACGGCGGCGUUCCGGCGCAUCAUUGCGUCCAACGGCUGGCACGAGAGCGGUAUCACGGUACUCUCGCACUCGUACGGUUCGCUGGUGCACAGCUGGCUGCUCAAGUCGCUCGGCACCCUGGUGCGGCGCAGCUGCUUUGUCGACCCGGUCUGCUUUCAGCUGUGGGUGCCCCACGUCUGCGGCAACUUUCUCUACAAGCGCGUCGAGACGCCCAUCGAACUGCUGAUGCGCUACUUUGUGGCGAGGGAGCUGGGGACGGCCAACACCCUCUGCCGCUACUUCCAGUGGUCCAGCUCGCUGCUCUGGCCCGACGAGAUCCCCAACCUGACGGAUGCCAGCAAGACACGGUUCUACCUGGCCGAGCACGACGCCAUCCUGCACGCCGGCGAGACGCGCGAGUACCUGUUCGAGAUGGGGCUGCCGGCGCGGUGCCUCUUCUUUGGCGAGGGCAAGGUGCACGGCGAGAUGCUCAUGCACGGCGGGCCCGAGUUUAACGAGAUCGUCGAGUGGCUCCUGCUCGACCCGGAUGCUUGA